AUGUCUUCCCGAAACUUCAACUACACUUUGCUCGCCAAGCCCAUUGUCACCCUCGAUAAGAUCGAUGCUAACACCAAAUACACUAAUGACACCGUUGUCACACUAAGAGAUCCUAUCCACGUGCUAAAACGCACGACCAGGAACAUGGAGUCCACCAACACCUUGAUACACGACUCGCUCAGUAGACUAGAGCGCAGCAUCAACAGAAUCGAUUCGAGACUGCGCCGUAUAGAAGACGAUAUGCAUAACAAGAUGCAGAACAAGACGCAGGGACAAGACGCAGGGACAAGAAGAUGCAGAACUUGUCAGGAAAAGGGUGCAGGAGAUCGAUGA